AUGUCUUCCCCCGGUGCCACCCCCAACUCUCUGCAUGCUUUGGCGCCCACAUGGAAGACGAAGAAGAAACACUUUGUGCAGCAGAAAGUGGAGGUUUUCCGUGUCAGUGACCCCGUGUUUAGCGUGCUGAUGUGGGGAGUCAACCAUUCGAUUAAUGACCUGAGCCAGGUGCCCUUACCUGUCAUGCUGCUUCCAGACGACUUCAAAGCCAGCACUAAGAUCAAAGUCAACAACCACCUCUUCAACAAAGAGAAUCUUCCAGGACAGUUCAAAUUCAAAGAAUAUUGUCCACAGGUGUUCAGAAAUCUGCGAGAGCGCUUCGGAAUCGAGGACCAAGAUUACCAGGUGUCUCUGGCUCGCAGUUCUCCACUCAAAGAUGAGGACGGGCAGUGCGUAGGGCUGCUGCUGACAUCAUACGACCGCACUUUGGUAGUAAAAGAAAUCUCCAGUGAAGAGGUGGAGGAAAUGCACAACAUCCUCUCUGAGUAUCACCAGCAUAUUGUCACCUGCCACGGCAAUACGCUGCUCCCUCAGUUCCUGGCCAUGUACAGAGUCACUGUGGAGAGCGAGGACACCUACCUGUUAGUUAUGAGGAACAUGUUCAGCCACAGACUGCAUGUACACAGGAAAUAUGACCUCAAGGGGUCCCUUGUAUCUCGUGAAGCAAGUUUUAAAGAGAAGGUGAAGGAGCUGCCCACAUACAAAGAUGUAGACUUCAGGAAUAAAAUGCAAAAAGUUUAUGUGAGCGAUGAGGAGAAGGAGAAGAUCAUGGACAAGCUCAACAGAGAUACCGAGUUCCUGGUCCGUAUGAGGAUCAUGGACUACAGCCUGCUGCUGGGCAUCCAUGAUGUGGAGCGGGCUGAGAGGGAGGAGGAAGGGAUGGAGUCGUCCGAUAACGAGGAAGAGGAGGAUGAAAAUGACUUUGCUCCUGCUCCGAUCUCCACCUCACCUGAGGGUAUCAGUGGCUACAUGAACUCCUUCAAACCCAUGAGUCCCGGGGAGUUCAACCCUUAUGUGGAUGUGUACGCUAUUCAGAGCGCUGUAGGUGCCCCCCACAGGGAGGUGUACUUUAUGGGUCUUAUUGACGUGCUGACACAGUACGACACCAAGAAGAAAGCUGCUCAUGCUGCCAAAGCUGUCAAACACGGGGCAGGAGCAGAAAUCUCAACAGUUCACCCAGAGCAGUACGCUAAACGUUUCCGGGAGUUCAUCGCUAAGAUCUUUGCCUAG